GGAACAAGUGAGCUUUAGCAUGCAGAAGAUCACUGAGAUUUAGUCCGACCAGUCACAAACAACAAAGUCCUCAAGGAUGGUGAAGGCUGUGCUUUCUGCUGUUUUGGUGUUGGCGGUUGUUUCCUCCACCAUUGCCAAAUACAUCCCAAAGACUGGCAAGAGGAUCCCACAGACUCUGUCGAGAGGAUGGGGCGACCAGCUGAUCUGGGCUCAGACAUAUGAGGAGGCUCUCUACUGGUCAAGGUCAAGGAACAAGCCUCUGAUGGUCAUAUUUCACCUUGAGGACUGUCCACACAGCCAAGCACUGAAGAAGGUUUUCUCUGAAAACAAUGAGAUCCAGAAAACUCUUGAUGAGGAUUUCAUCGUUCUCAAUCUCAUGUAUGAAACCACAGACAAGCAUCUGUCCCCUGAUGGACAAUAUGUUCCACGGAUCCUUUUUGUUGACCCCUCCAUGACCGUGAGGGCUGACAUCAAUGGACGCUACUCUAACCGCAUGUACGCCUAUGAAACGGGUGACAUCAGCCUCUUGAUAAGCAACAUGCAGACAGCUAAGAAGCUCCUGAAGAGUGAACUGUGAGGACCUGGACUCCACCCAGUCUGUCACCACUCAUCAGAUAAAACUCUGUUUACCACUAACCUUCAUGAUUUUCAUCCUAAAUAAAAUGUACUGAUUCUUACAAUUUGUGAAGCUAAUCGUCUGGACAUAUAUUUGAUUUAGGUUGACAUGAAUCAAAUAUACUGUAAUAUGUUUGUCAAUACAACACAUUAAAACAAAAAAAUGUGUCUUA